AUGGACCAGAUAGUAUCGGAGUUCCUCGCCAAGAGCCUACACAUCAUCCUCGACUCGCGGAUGCCGUGCGCUGCUCAUGCACCCGCAGCACCCGCAGCGGCAGGCGUUGGCGCAGGCGCAGGCGGAGGCGCAGGCGGAACCGCAACCGCAGGCGCGCAGCAGCAUCUCGACUCAGCCUUUGGCCUCUCCGGUCCUUCGCCCCUUCCCUCCCCUUCUCCGCGCCACGCUGGGUUUGGCGCUGCUGCUGAUAUAGCAACCGGGGGGGGUGGGGGUGGGACUGGGAGUCUCACGAGCAGCGGAAGCAGCAGCAGCAGCAGCAGCCAUCGCGCGGCCUCCGCUUCCCCCUCCCCCGCCUCUUCCUCGUCUUUCUCCUCCGCGCCCUUCCCGUCGUCGUUCUCCCCGUCCUCCCCGUCUCCGGGGGUAGCCGCCGCCGCCGCCGCCAUCGCCGCCGGCGUAGCAGCAACUCCCGCGCCACCGCCGUCGAUUUCCGACCGCUGGUUCAAUCUUGAGCUGCAGCAGGGAGCGGCUGUGAUGGAGGCAGUGGAUGGGUGGCGCCGUUUCCCGGUAGAGCCGUUAGUGAUCGACAUACUACUUGACAGACCCACCUCCUUCUCUUCCCACUCCUUUCGCGCCCCAUCCUCGUCCCAUCCUCACUCCCACUCUCACGCGCACUCGCCCGCUCCCCCUUCCGCUCCCGCGUAUGGGCCAACCGGAGCAGCCGCAGGAGGUGGCGGGGGAGGCUUGAGCGGGGAGGUAGCGCUGGCAGGCGCGGGAGCGGGCCCCGCGUCCCGCAGUAGGAGCCUGCGCCAGCACGGGCCUUCCCCGGAAGCGUUCAUAAGGCUGUCCGCCCCAGGGGUUGCGUCCGGCUCAGGCGCCAGCGUCGCUGCUGCCUCUGCUGCUGCUGCUGCUGACGCUGCCGCUGCAGCGUUUGCUUCUCUCGGGACCGGUUCUGGUGUGGGAUCGCCGUUCGGUGGUUCCGGCUCUGGGAUGGAAGCUGCGGGGCUGGGCGAGUCUGGAGCAGGGCGACGGGACUCGGCGGGUGCUCCCGGUGCUGCUGCUGGUAGCGGUGGUGGUGGUAGUGGGGGGGGGGUGAGUAGUGGUGGCAGUGGGCCGCUGUUGUUGGAGCGGUGGGUGGUGCGGUACGAGAGAAGGCGAGGCGGAGGCGGUGGUGUGGAGUUGGGUGAUGGCGCUGCUGGCGCUGGUGGGGGAGUGGGAGGGGCAGGAAGCGGCGGGGUUGGCGGAGGCGCAGGCGGAGGGGGAGGCGGAGGGGGAGGCGGAGCGGUGGAUAUACCAGUGGUGUACAAGCACAUGGUCGUUAUGCUUCGCUCCCUCUACUCCCUCACUCGCACUCUCCCCGCAUAUCGCCUCUACUGCUCCCUGGCUGACGCUGCUCUCUCCUCUUCUGCUGCUUCCUGCUCCUCCUCCUCUUCCUCCUCCUCCUCCGCCGCCGCCGCCGCUGGCGCUGGCGCCGCCGCUUCCUUCUCCCCCGCGCCUAUCCUGACCUCCGGCUCCGCACUCCGCCCCACGUUCGCGCUCGCCUUCCGCAUCUCCCCCAACCCCGCCGCCGCGCUCGCGGACGCAGCUGCCGCGUCGUCCGCCGUCGGAUCAGGCGCAUCCCAAUCCGGAAUGAACUCGUGGGCGCUGAAACCGUUAGAUCUCCCCGGCGGGCGCAUGUCUGUCUUUGUGGUGUAUAGACCCGGGGCUGCUGCGGCAGCGUCGGUGGUAUCUGCUGUAGAGGUAGCACCUCCUGUGAUCACGCGAGUGAUCACAGACUACGUGGGUACGGGCGGGUCUGUAGCAGAACCGCCGCACCACCGUCGCCCCAUCCGGCACUACCAGGCUCCCCCCGCGUCCCUCCCCCUCUCCUCCUCGCUCUCCUCCUCCGCGUCUUCCUGGUCCCCGUUCUCGCGAAGAGCGUAUGGUCUGCUCGCGGGGCUGCCCUUGCUUGUUUCCCCCUCCCCGUCCCCCUCGUCCUCCCCCUCGUCCCUCCCGUCGUCUUCCGCCGCGCAGUUCUCGUCUCUGUCGUCCCCCUCCGCCGCCGCGGCCGCGGGGCGCGCGCUGGUGAUGUUCGCGCGCAGGCACAGUUUCGGGGGGAUGGAGGAGAGGCGCGGAUCCGCCGUGGGCCGUUCCGCCUCCGCGGCCGUGGGUGCGGGGGGCGGGGAGAGCGGCGGCGGGGGAGUGGGCGCAGGGGCAGCAGCGGGAACAGCGGGGUUUGCGGGAGGGAGUGGUAGCGGGGGGAGCAGCAGCGGGGGGAGCGGCAGCGGGGGGAGGGGAGUCAUGGGGGUGCCGAUUUUCUACCGUGGGAUCUCGCCCCCGUCUCUGUCGUCGUCUCCGUCGUCUCACGUGUUCGCACGCCCCAUCACGAUCUACGAGCAGGAGCAGGACGACAGCGGGGUGGAAGGCGCAGCAGGGCAGGAGGCGGGAGCGGGACGGCCAACCUCUGCUUCGUCAGCACCACUGGACGGGCAACGGCAGCAGCAGCAGGUGUCGCACUAUCAGCAAGCGCACCUCGAGCAGCAGCAGCAGCACUACCAAGGCCUGUCUCAUCGCCACAGGCUCCCCCCGAUUGUCUCUUCCUCGUCUCCCCACCAUCCCUCCUCUCUCCCCAGCCAUCCCUCUUCCUACGACCACUACCAUCACCACCUCUCUGCCUCCCCCUCCCCUCCCCCGUCCCCAUACCCCCCGCACCACCCCUCCGCGCCCUUCGCCCGCGCGCCCAGCCUCCCGUCCCUCCCGAGCGCGCCUGUGUCUAUUCCCAAGAUCAACUCCCGCGGACAGAUCAUCCCCCGUCGCCCCUCUAGCACGUUCCAUCCCAGCAGCGCCAGCAGCAGCAGCUGCGGAAGCAGCGUGGGAGGGGGCAGUGGGAUGGGGGUAGGUAGCAGGGCAGGCAGCGGGGUAGGCAGUGGGGUGAGUGCCGCUGGUGCUAGCGCUGGCGCGGGGGGUAGCAGCGGUGGGCAGAGCGGAGGAGGAGGGUACGGGAGUGACAGUCAGGAAGCAUCAAGGGCCAGAGGCGGGGGGGUGGGGGGAGUGGGAGGAGUGGGGGGAGUGGGAGGAGUGGGAGGAGUGGGGGGAGUGGGAGGAGUGGGAGGAGUGGGGGGAGUGGGAGGAGUGGGCGGAGCAGUGCUCGUGUCUGGGAUACCAGUUCCCGUUAGAGCUGUUAUCGCCCCUACUGCCAUUACGCAUGCAGGGAGAACCGUGGUAGGGCCAGGCGGAAUGGGUAUGGGUAUGGGCGUGGGCGUGGGCGUGGGUGUGGGUAUGGGCGCUGGUGGUGUUGCUGGUGAGGAGCUGUUUUCCAAUCGGCAAGGCUCCUGGCGCCCUUGUUCCGCCCCUGCAGCUGCUGGUGGCGGGCUUGCUGCUGCUGGGUUCCCCCCGGCGUUCCAUGCCGUGCCGGCAGCAGUGGAAGCAGCGAUACAUGUUCCCAGGUUUACUUGGCAGCAACCGGUGUCCGCAGGUGUGGGGGUUGCAGCAGGAGGAGGAGCAGGAGCAGCAGGUAAUGGAGGGGUGAAGCCUAGCAAUGGAACUUCGGCUCUUACAGCUGCUCUUUCUGUUGCCUCUGCUGCAGCAGCAGGCGGUGGUGCUGCUGCUGUUCCGGCUGCUGGGUCAUCCGCGCAGAGCAUUGGCCAGGGGUAUAUGGGCGCCGGUGGGGUGCAGAUUGGAGGGGUUGUGGGAAGUGCAGAGGCAGCAAGAGCAGGAGGGGAAGGUGCGUGGGGCGAGAGGGGGAGAGGCGGGAUUGCAAGAGAGGGGGGCAUGGAGGGGCGUGACAGUGGGCGACCGCAUUCCUACGGCAGUACCCAUCUGGGGUGGGAGCACCAGGCAUCGAGGGCACCGGUUCCGGAAGGUAGUGGGGUAGAGGAGGAGGAGGAGGGGCACCUGCUGCUGCCCUUUGCUGUGGACGACGAUGACACUGACGAGCCCUUGCCCACUGAAGCCCUUGCGAGCCAUUCCCAGGAUGUCAACCGCGCAUUGCCGGGCGUUCAGAGUCAUCAGGUGGAUUCCCACAGGGCACGCGAGUCGAGCGAUUCACGUGACGCUGCUGUAGGUGCGCUCAUCCGUGUCCUGCGCUAUGCGCCUCCUCUCCGCCCCUCCUCCUCCUCCUCCACCACCACCUCCUCCUCUGCUGCUGCUGCUGCUGGCCUGUCGAGAGCAGAGGUUUUGGGAGGGGGAGUGCAGGUGAAAGGGGAGGUUGUGCAGGUGAAAGGGGAGGUUGUGCAGGUGAAAGGGGAGGUUGUGCGGGUGAAAGGGGAGGUUGUGCAGGUGAAAGGGGAGGUUGUGCAGUUGGGUGGAAGUGUAUGGAGUGCUGUUAUCGGUGGUCUGGGCGGUGUGGCGGAGUCCCCUGAGGACAAGGCGAUCGCUAGACGUCUUGUGUUCGAGGAGGAGGGAGACGAGGAGGACAAGGUGGAAGAGGAGGAAGGGGUUGGAGAGGGUGGAAGGGGAGAGGAGGAGAUUGAGGAGAAAGAGGAGGAACAAGCGGAGCAAGGAAAGGCUUCCAUACAAGCGCAGUCGCACGCACAGUUCCGCGCGAACGCUACAGGAAACAGCAGAGCUGCUUCGAGAUGUACUGAGGGCGGUAGGUGCGGUGCGUGUCGCAGGCGGGGAGGGGAAGUUCCAUACACUGUGUUUGACACGUCAUGUCUCGUCGAUAGCUCGCGAGGCGAAAUUCCGCCGGUCGAGGCGGAAGCGCUGCUGCGCCCGUUGCUUUCCGCUUGCGCCGCCGCCGCCGCCGAGAAAGCCUCAAUCGCCCCUGGACUUGCCGUUGCCGCCGCCGCCGCAACUGCUGAUUUUCCGCCGGGUGCCACAGUGCCCAGCGCGGAACACGGCGCGACUAGCGGCGCCAGAUCCGGCGCGGAUUUCUCACCGCGACGGGGCAAAGCGGAAGUGGUGAGCGCGGGGAGCAUGGCAGUGGCCGCAUUGGAGUCCUUCCAAGAGCUGCUGAUGAUGGGCGCGAUCAGGGGGUGCAUCGGUGAUAGGAGGUGCGCGUGUGUGGGGGGGAGAUUAGAGCGGGUGGUUGCAUUUGGGGACAGUGUGGUGCGUCCGACUGAUAAGGUAACUAGGAACGACGGCGGCGCUGGUGGUGAUGCAGACUUGGGGCCAGGCGCGCGCUCGUCACGUGGGGUAUUGGACGGCGAAUGUGAAGCUAGCAUGACCAGUAGCAGCCGCGAGGGCAAGCGCGAGAGCAGGAGCAGCAGUGGCAGCAGCGGUGCUCGCAGCAGUGGCGUUGGCGGCGGCGGCGUGGCAGGGCGCAUUUUAGAUGCCGUUUGCCUCUGUGCCGGUCUUCCUCCCAUCGUCCACCCCGCGUCUUCGUCCUCCUCCACACGCCCAGCUCACAUUCUCCCGCCACCUCCGUCGGGUUUGCACGUACCGAAUGUGCUACAAUCGAGCACCGCCCCUACUGCCGCGACCGCUGGUGCUGCUGCUGCCGCGACAGCAUCUGCUGUAACUUCUCUGCAGUACCAAGCAGUCCGCACGUUCCUCGCCUUCGCCUGCGCUCCUUCCCUUCGCCUCCACGCGUCCGUCCUCCUCUCCCUCUUCCACCAGGCAGAGGAGGAACACGGUGAUGCAGCGACACAACACUCGGUGCACGGAACAGGAACAGCAGCAGCAGAGGAGGCGAAGCAGAGGAGCAGGGAAGCAACAUGGGCGGCAGCAGUUGGCAGGGCGAACGGCAGGCUGAAAGCACUCGCUAAAGCCGCUCUAGCACACAUGCUGACAUACUCUUUUACUGGAAAGGAGGAGCAGAGGGACGCAGGGACCAGGGAUGGGCCUUGUCAUACCUGCUGCAGCUCCGCUGUGUGUCGCCCCUCGCUUCUGUGUGCUGCUCCGCUGUGGGAGAAAGGGCGAGGCGAGGAAGGUUUGGGAGAGAGCGACUGGGAGUGGGUGCAGCAGCAGCUGGUGCUUGCGCUGGGGCAGCAUGGAGGGACAGUGGGAGGGAGUGAGGGGCGAGAUUGGGAUGCUGUAGAGGCUUGUGGGAGUUUGGGCAAGGGAGGGAAAGAGGAGGCAGCGAGGGGAGGGUGCGCGGGAGUGUGCAUGGGAGAGGCAGGAGAGGGUGCUGUGUGCGGGUACGAUGGUGUGUGGAGCGGGCGUGUGGGAAAUCUUGAUAGAGUGGAUGCGCGUUUCAUGCUUGCACAGGCUUGGGGGGGGGGAGAGGUGACUGGAGGUGUGGAAAGAGAAGUGGCGGGGAAAGAGAUGAGUUUCAAGCAAUCGGGAGUGAUGAAAGAUGUUCACUCAAGCAGCACACGGAUGUGUGUGGAGAGUAAUCAGGCGAGUACAGGGGAGGUGAACUGUGGCAGUAGUAGCAGCAAUGGGCAGGCCAAUCCUCAACUGCCACCGUCUAUCCAGGACAGGGAGGAGGAACCACUUGCUCAGAGGCCACUGCAGCAGCAGCAGCAGCAGCAGCAGCAGCAACACACGGACAAUCUUGGCACAGAUUUAGAGCCUUGUUCCCUACCCUCUAUUGCCAGCAGUGGCCGUGGGAGGAGAGGGCACUGCGGGCAGAAGUCUCAGGAAGCAGAAGAAAGUGAGGAGGGUGCGGAGCAGGUGUGUGAGGAGGAUCAAAUAGGGGACGAGCGGCAAGGAGGGGAGGGGGAGCAAGUAGGGGAGGAGGAAGUAAGGGUGGCAGCAAUGGAGUUGCUGUGCUGGGUGGUGGAGACCAGUGCGCCUCACCUUGCUUCUCACCCACGCCUGGUGAAUGCCCUCAAGGACUCUCUCUGCUUCUCCCUCAUCAGCAACGUCAAUGCGGCAAUCACCACCGCCUCUCCCCCCACCACUCCCACCACCAAUAAUACCUCCUCACCUCACCUCUCUUCCUCCCCACCUUCAACUCCACCCACUACCACCACCAGCAGCACCAGCACCAGCACCAGCACCAGCGCCAGCACCAGCACCAGCAGCACCACCUUUCAACUAUGCCACCUCUCGCUCUCCCUCCUCCUCCGCUUCCUCACCCUCCUCCGCGCGCCGCUCCACUCCCACGUCCCCCCCCUCGUCUCCCACAUGCUGCUCACGCCCCUCAACAGCCGCACCCUCCCCCUGCGCGCCAAGGCGCCCUUCCUCUGCGCCCUGCGUGCGCUCCUCACCCUCCCCCAGCUCUGCCUCGACCUCUUUCUCAACCACGACUGCUGCCCUGGCGGAGGGGACCUCGUGCUCAGGUCUAUAAGCACCCUAGCAGAUACCAUUUGCACCCCUCUCGACCCAGACACGCACCACAGCUCCCAACUCAAGCCUCGGCAGCAACGGCACCAGCAGCACCACCACCACAAGCACCAGCACCACCAGCAGCAACAAUUCCUUUCUCCCUCACCCACGUUCUCAGUGCAGCGCAAGCUGCAGUACCAUGCCGCGAUCCACCGCUUCAACGCCCAUCCACACCCCUCUUCCCUCUCCUCCCUCCCGUCCUUCUCAUAUCCCACUCCUCCUUCCGCCCCUGCCCACACCUCUUGCCCCACACCCUCCUCCACCUGCUCCUUCCUGCCUCCUUCCUCCACUGAACCUUCCUCCCCCUUCUCCUCUUCCUCCUCCUCCCCGCCUUCCCCUCACACCAUUGCAAUCUUCCUGCGCACGGCACCUGCUCUCUGCCGCACGGCCAUAGGCAGCUAUCUGGGGGAGAGAGGCCCACACGCUGCUGCUGUGCUCGCUGCGUACAUGGACUCCUUCGACCUCAGGGUACCUCCUUCCUUUCUGCCCCCACUCUCUCUUUCUUGGACUCUCUCUUUGUUGCCUUAUACACGAGGAUUGGAGCUAGACGAGGCGAUUCGGGUGGUGCUGCAGUGGUUUCGGGUGCCAGGCGAGGCGCAGAAGAUCGAGCGGGUCAUGGAAGCUUUAGCAGCGCGCUACUGCUGCUGCAACCCGGGGGGGGCACUCAGCGGGCGCCCGUCCACAGCACACGUGCUGGCGUACUCCAUUGUGAUGCUCAACACGGACGCGCACAGCCCGUGUGUCAAGAAGAAGAUGACCGAAGCGGAGUUCAUUCGUUCUCCCCGUUCCCCCCACACCCCUCCCCUUCCCCCACCACCAGGGAUUGGAGCUAGACGAGGCGAUUCGGGUGGUGCUGCAGUGGUUUCGGCUGCCGGGCGAGGCGCAGAAGAUCGAGCGAGUCAUGGAAGCUUCGGCAGCGCGCUACUGCUGCUGCAAUCCUGGAGGCCCGCUCAGCGGGCGCCCGUCCACUGCCCACGUGCUGGCUUACUCCAUCGUGAUGCUCAACACGGACGCGCACAGCCCGUGUGUCAAGAAGAAGAUGACCGAAGCCGAGUUCAUUCGCAACAACCGUGGGAUUGA